AUGCGGCAGUUACUAAUGCAUAUCUUCUGUCAAGAAGCCAGAUUUUGUCGAAUCCCCGCGACUAGUCCCGAGGCAGCCUCGCACAAAUGGGCGAACAGAAGCAGAUCGCAGACGGAUCAGUUUAUGCCAGGCUCUUCCGGGGCGUCGAACCGUGCAGGUGACGGGAUCCAACGUCGGGCCAUCUCAGGCCCACCAAAGGGUGGGUAA